UCAUUCAGGUAUGAGGUUUUAGAACAGUGCCCACCUUGUUCGAUGCAUGAAAGCAAAAUUAGCAGCAAUUUUCAUGCAGUUUUUAUAACUGGGGGGUGAAUUCUUGUGAGAAUAGUUUGACUGUUUUCGAGGUAGCAUUUUACUUUAAGGGACACUGUGCUGCUGUGGGACGAUGGCCAAUGAUGAAGACAGGCUUCAAAAGCAGAGAGGACAGUCCAAAGUGCCAUGGAGUGCUGUUUGGAAUAGUUAAUGAGAAAUCCCGGAGGUAGAGGAAGGCCAUUGGCUUUAAGCCAGAGAGUUUCCAGAUCCCAUAGUUCCAUUUUGUCACCCAGAGCAGAAGAGGGGGAAAUCAUCCCAGGACUCCCCACAACUCUAUGAAAGAAAGCAUAAACGGAGCAAUGUCAAAAUUAGUGGAGUGUGUCCCCAAUUUUUCUGAAGGCAACAACAAAGAGGUGAUAGAUGAGAUUGCCAAGGCCAUCUCUCAGACCGAGGGCUGCAUGCUCCUGGAUGUGGAUGCAGGCGCUUCCACCAAUCGGACCGUGUACACCUUCGUAGGAAGUCCUGAAGAUAUAAUUGAAGGUGCACUGAAUGCGGCCAGAACAGCUUUUCAACAUAUCGACAUGGCAAAACAUAAAGGACUGCCUUCCUCUCCUAGGUGAACAUCCUCGGAUGGGAGCCCUGGAUGUGUGCCCCUUCAUCCCAGUGAGGAAUGUUACUAUGGAAGAAUGUGUCCACUGUGCUAAUCUGUUUGGGAAGCGAUUAGCAGGUGAACUGCAUGUGCCUGUGUAUCUCUAUGGCAAAGCAGCUCUGAAGGAGAGCAGAAUAUCCUUGCCAGCCAUCCGAGCAGGAGAAUAUGAAGCCCUCCCUGAGAAACUAAAAAACCCAGAAUGGGCUCCUGAUUUUGGCUCUGCAACCUUUGUUCCAAGAUGGGGAGCCACAGUAACAGGCGCACGGACAUUCCUCAUAGCCUACAACAUCAAUUUGCUGUGUACAAAGGAGCUGGCACACCGGAUAGCACUGAACAUUCGGGAGCAAGGCCGCGGAAAGGACCAGCCUGGGCGAUUGAAGCAGGUGCAAGGCAUGGGCUGGUACUUGGACGAGGAAAAUAUUGCUCAGGUUUCUGCAAAUUUGCUGGACUUUGAGACCACGCCCCUUCACACCGUCUAUGAGGAGGUCUGCAAGGAUGCCCAGGAUCUGAAUCUGCCAGUGGUGGGAUCUCAGCUGGUGGGUCUGGUCCCCAAAAAGGCCAUGCUGGAUGCAGCAGAAUAUUAUAUUAACAAAGAAAAUCUAUUCAUCCUUGAGGAGGAUCAUAAAAUCAGACUGGUAAUCAACCGACUGGGGCUGGGCUCUUUGUCUCCUUUCAAUCCCAAGGAGCGCAUCAUUGAGGAUAUGGUGCAGGAUGGCAAAGAGAGCGGCUGCCUGAUGUCCUUGCCUCUUCACACUUUUGUGCAGAAAGUUGGUGCCAGGUCAGCUGCUCCUGGAGGAGGAUCAGUAUCAGCAGCGAUGUCUUCUUUGGGGGCAGCGCUGGGCUGCAUGGUGGGGCUGAUGACCUAUGGGAAGCGUCAGUUUGAGGAUCUGGACCCAGUCAUGAGGCGGCUGGUUCCUCCAUUCCAUCAGGCAAUGAAGGAGCUUCUAGGCCUGGUGGACACAGACUCACUGGCUUUCAGCAGCUACAUGGAUGCUAUGAAGCUCCCUAAGAACACACCUGAGGAGAAAGAAAGGCGGACAGCAGCCAUGCAGCUGGGCCUGAAAAGUGCAGUUGCUGUUCCCUUUUCACUGGCAGAAAAAGUUCAUUCUUUGUGGCCCCUUUUAAAAGAAAUGGCUCAGCAAGGAAAUAUAGCCUGCAAAUCAGAUAUACAGGUGGCAGCUAAAGCUUUAGAAGCUGGUGUGUUUGGUGCCUAUUUCAAUGUUGUCACCAACCUGAAAGAUAUAACAGAUGAAGGCUUUAAGCAAGAGGUGCAAGGGAAACUUUCCCACUUUUUAGAGGAAGCCAAGAAAAGUACUGCAUUUGUGCUACAUCAGCUGGAGAAGCGGACAAUGUGAAUGAUUCUUCAUAUCAGGACCUACUUAUCUAUGGAUGUAUAAGAACCAAUUGUAGUCUUGCCAAGUUGUAUGUAGUGCUUGUGAUUUCUGUUCUACAGCUGCAAAUGCAGAGUUCCAUGUGCCCCAAUUCUAGUCUUGCACAUUGCUUCCUUGGUGGCAGCCGGGGGGGGGGGGGGGCUUGUUGUUCUUGUUCACCCCCCUUGAACCAAAGUAGCCCCAUCCAGACUACUAGGAUAACAGGAGGAUGCAUUAUUCUGUGACUCACAAAAUAUUUUUGAUAACUUUCUGUAGAAAGUUUGAGAUCUAGAAGAGGGAAGGAUGCUAUAGCUCAGUUGCUUUCGAUAGUGUUCAUAAUGAAGUUCAGCUUGCUGUUGUGAGGACCAGCACCAAAGUCUCCAGCCCUGGCUUCUGGUUGCCUUAAUGGCAAAGCUCCCACGAAAGUGGAGACUGUUAGCGAAGAUAAACAAGUAUGAUUUGAAGGUAAUUGUCCUUGCAAGCUCCCCCCUCAGGGCCCGGGGGGGGGGAUCGUCUCGGUACCUGGCUUUCGCUCCAACAUGGAUGUGAGAGUUAGGGACACACCAAGUGCAAAACCACUUUGCCUCUCGGUAAUCCCCCAAUGCCACCAUUAAGAGCAGUGAUUAUUCUGUACAUUAAGAGAUUAAUUAGAAUUAAUGCACAGACGCAUGCUAGUACUGUAAUGUUGGGACAAGAUUAAGGACUGCCAAAUCGAAACAGCUACAAGGUCGUACAGAUUUAAAUUGGAAAGAUGACUUCAUUCAAGCAACAUGAUGGUAUGUGUUGGGGGGGGGGAGCCAAUCACUUCAUUAUAAAUCCUUUGUUACAUAACCCCCCCUUCUUCACUAAAGCAAGUGAAGAAAGGAGAUGGAAGUACAGAUAUAGAUUAUAAUUGUAAAUGGAACUGUGUGAGGAAAAUAUUAACAUUUGGAAUAAUUAUAAAAGGGUUUGGAGCCUCUGCAGAAAAUUACUUGCCCCCUGAUUGAGGGGACGAGGGACUGAAUUUCGAAGACUUGUCAGGGCUCUGGUGGGACACCAGAUCAUUCUUCUACAAAUAAUUAUAAUUAAUUGUUUUGAAUGGAUGUGGAGGGGAGAACUUGGAGGCCUGCCAGGGCUUGGGCAGAACAUUUUACAGCUGCAUCAGAAGAGUUGAGAACAGAGAGAGAGAUCUCUCCAGAGUACCUUUGAGUCAACAGAGCCGCAAGGCACAAAGGAGAUCAGGAAUAACUAAUAUGAACCUAAUAUUUGAUAAAGAAUGAUCAAAUACUGAUGGAAAUUAAAACCUCACACAGGAAGAAAAAGGGGUAACUUCACUUGCGAAUAUACAAAUUACUAUAUGUGUUAAUGCAAAUUGAAGUUAAUUAUUGUAGCUGUGGUAUAAGGGAGUGGAUUGUAUUUGGUCUGAGCAACAGUCUGGAGGCAGAAUUAAGACCCUGAAGUGCAGCACGUGGGAAGCCACACAAUAUUACAAUUUGGCUAUGUAAUUGAUUUGUAUUUGAAUUGGUAUUGCUCUUUGGUAUUAAUAUAAUAUGGUGCAUAUUGGAUUUUUGUAAUUGAAAUUUAAUAAAAAUGAUUUAACAAAGUCUCCAGCCCUGGGGUGUAAUUUGAAUGGCAGACACAUCUAAGAUGCCUUUCUGUAAAGUGGGAAUAAAUACUUGUAAAUUGCUCUGUGUUCUAGUAAAUGCUUGUUAUAUAAAAUACCGUGUUUCUCAUAUUAUAAGACAUGUCUUAUAUUUAUUUUUUCCUCAAAAAAACACACUAUGUCUUAUUUUCAAGGGAUGUCUUAUUUUUUUCCUCCUCCUGCUGCUGCGGCCAGCAUUGCUGCUGCGCCUAUCACUAUGUCUUAUUUUCGGGGUAUGGCUUAUAUUCCUUGAAUGCUUAAAAAUCCUGCUAUGGCUUAUUUUAUGGGUAUGUCUUAAAAUAUGAGAAACAGGGUAUGUCCAAUGUAUCAGUCAGAGCCCAACUUUGUUGCAUUGUGCUUGCUCUAACUCAGAAGUCUGUAGUAUCUCUGUGUUGUAUUGAUCAGUAACGAUUGGCUUUGCCCGGAUUUAUUCACAAUGAUUUCCCUUCACAAUAAAGCUAUAAAGAACUGUGUUAUAUGCCGUCAUAUGAGUCAUUAAUAGAUCCAGCUAGCACAGAAGGGGACGACAGAGGACGAGAUGGCUGGACAGUGUUCUUGAAGCUACGAACGUGAGUUUGACCAAACUGUGGGAGGCAGUGGAAGACAGGAGUGCCUGGCGUGCUCUGGUCCAUGGGGUCACGAAGAGUCGGACACGACUAAACAACAACAAAAGCACACUGAUUUCUGAGCUCUGAAAGGUUGCAAGCAGGACUUUCUUUCAGCUGGAACCUCUCAGGUGGGAGACAUUGCCAUUCUGAAAGAACAAGGGAGGCGUCCAGGCUAUUGACAUAGCCCUGCCAGAACAGGGUUGGAAGCCUUGGGUGAGAGAGAGAAGAGAAGAGAAGACAGGUGGGGACAGGACAGGACUCUUCUAGCAACUAAACAGUCUGACUUCAUUGCAGGUCGAGACCUUCUCUUCUGACAUGUGGAACCCCAAUUCAGGAAUGCCAGGUGGGAUGCCGCCACCGCAGCCUUACCCUCCUGCUCCUGGACCAUACCCUGGGCCAUACUCUGGACCAGGCAUGCAGCCCUGCCCACCCCCAGGGUACCCUGGCCAGCCGCCUCCCCCCUCUGGAUUCCCUGGGCCCUGUGCGCCCCCUCCUCAUGGACCGCCCCACCACGGACACCAUCCUCCACCUGGAAUGCUCCCUGGAGGCUGCCCUCCCCCACCGCCUGGUUGCCAUCCUCCUGGAAGUCACCAUGGGCAUCACAAAAAGCAAAAGCACCACAAGCAUGGGCAUGGGCACCACGGCAAAAAGCACCAUGGCAGUUCUAGCAGCAGCAGCUCUGAUUCAGACUGAGGAAGGUGCCUGUUCCAGCUGCACGCCUGCAAUCGAGACCUGUUCUGACAUUCCACCAUUGUCUUUCCCAUGGUCCAGUAAUCAUGUAAUACUUUGGUCAGUUUGUAGCAAUUCAAAAAGAAAUGUUUAAAAAGCCAUGUGAUAUCAAGUUUCCUUUCCAUUUUCCAUAUCCAUUCCUGUAUCCAUUCCUAUCCGUUUCCAUCUUACCCCUGAAAUAAAGGCAUAAUUUAGAUACCCA